CACUGGAUGCAGUCCCGGUAGGUUAUCAUUUACGGAGGAGAGAUAACGUUAGAGAGCUCAGAUGAUGCUUCAAAUCACACAUUUUCCAUGCUUUUCAUUCGCAGAACAGCAGUGACAGAUACAUUUUAGAUGAAUGUGACAGAAGAACAGUUGAUCCAACCAGAUUCUUGAGACAAAAACACAUGGCAAGAAGAACAAGGAUGUUUUUGACAUUUCCUGGUAUAGUGGUUGUCUGUCUGCAUCUUCUGGGUGGCUCAAUGGAGACAGCCAAUGAAGUAGACCCAUACAAGAUUCUUGGAGUGACCAAAAGUGCAAGUCAAGCUGAAAUCAAGAAAGUGUACAAGCGCCUAGUUAGGGAAUGGCAUCCGGACAAAAACAAAAACGAAGGCGCUGAAGAUAUGUUCAUCAAGAUUACCAAAUCUUAUGAGAUAUUAUCCAAUGAGGAGAAGAGAACCAACUAUGACCGAUAUGGCCAGACUGAUGACACCCAGCCGUAUGGUCAUGGUCACUAUGGUCACCGCCACGACCACUUCUACUUCGACGAGUCCUUCUUCCACUUCCCAUUCAACAAUAAGGGCAACCGGGAGUUUGCCGACAGCAAGUACGCUCUGCACUUCAACCAGUAUGUGAAUGACGUGGUGCCUGACAGCUAUAAGAGACCGUACCUGAUCAAAAUCACUUCCGACUGGUGUUUCAGCUGUAUCCACAUUGAACCGGUCUGGAAAGAGGUUGUGUUGGAGCUGGAAGCCUUGGGUGUGGGGAUUGGUGUGGUGGACGUUGGUUAUGAGAGACGUCUGGCCAAUCACCUCGGUGCUCACCGCACCCCAUCCAUACUGGGGGUCAUCAACGGGAAAGUGACCUUCUUCCACUACGCUGUGGUGAAGGAGCACCUGAGGCAGUUUGUGGAGGACCUGCUCCCUCAGAGACUGGUUGAGAAGGUUACAGACAGAAACGACUUUCAAUUCCUGAACAGCUGGCAUGAGCAGAACAAGCCGCACGUUCUUCUGUUUGACCAAGUGCCUGUAGUUCCACUCUUGUACAAGCUGACUGCUUUCGCCUAUAAGGAUUAUGUUCAGUUUGGAUACGUGGACCAGGGCCUGUCAGAGACUGCGAACCUACUGAAGCAGUUCAACAUCAACACCUACGCCCCCACCAUGCUGGUCUUUAAGGAGAGUACAGACAAGCCUGCAGACAUUAUACAGGCUAAAGGGAUGAAAAAACAAAUCGUCGAUGAAUUUAUAACAAACAACAAGUUUCUCCUCGUCCCUCGACUGGUGAACCAGAAACUGUUUGAUGAACUUUGCCCUGUGAAGCAGUUCCACCGACGCAGGAAGUACUGUGUUCUACUGAUCACUGGUGAUGAGGAGUCCUAUACCAUAGGAAACCAGGCCUUCCUCACAUUUGCCUCUACCAACACUCUGGAGGUGGUGAGGUUUGCCUACGUCUACCAAAGACUGCAACAAUCACUGUGUGAUAUUCUGCUGAAGACUAAGGACAGCACACCUCCACCACCACAGGUGUUCAUCUUGGAGCGUCGUAACCCAGCAGGGAAGGUCCUGUACAAGGAGGUGGCGGGUGGUUGGAAUGGUACUGAUGAGGAUAAACAACGUCUGUUAGAUGAGCUGGAGAGGCUGCAGAAAGACCCCACCAUCCUCAACUACGACGCCAUGCUGCCGGAGCUCAACAAUGAGUUUGCCUCUAUGUUUCUUAUUCGAUGGAUCUAUACAGCAUAUGAUUACAUUUCUGAAAUCCUUGAUGAUAUUCUUCAUAAUAAUUGGCGUGAGAUGAUGCCCCUCCUGUCGUUGAUAUUCUCGGCCUUAUUCAUCUUGUUUGGCACUGUGGUGGUUCAGGCCUUCAGUGACUCUAGUGAAGAUGGCAAAUCCAAACCAAAGGCAAAAGAAGGAACUAAGGCAGAAAAUGGGUCACCGGGUAGCAGCAGCACCUCAAGUCGCCCACCGAAGAAGAACUUUGUGGAGGUGACGGAGCUGACAGACAUCACAUACACCAGUAACCUGGUGAAGCUGAGACCAGGCCAUAUGAACGUGGUACUGGUGCUCACUGAUGCCACCAAGAACGUCUUACUCAGCAAGUUCGCCAAAGAAGUCUACUCUUUCACCGGGAGCCUGACUCUGCACUUUUCCUUCCUGAACGUGGACAAGCACAGUGCAUGGAUGGAAACACUGUUGGAGUUUGCCCAGGACGCCAUGCAGAUAGACACUGAAGAGGAUGACUGUGCCCGCCACAAGAUAGACUACACAGGCUAUGUACUGGCACUCAACGGCCAUAAGAAGUACCUCUGCCUCUUCAAGCCUGUCUACACCGGGGAGGAAGGUGGGUCCUCUGAGGAGGAAGGGCCCGGGGGCGCUACUGGGGGAGGGAAGAGGUCUAGGUCCGGGUCCAGGGACGACCACCCACCACGCAGGUCUACGCCCAGGUCCCGCUCCACCGCCACACUGCAGAUCCACCACAAACUGGACCGCCUGGGGCUGUGGAUGGAGAGGCUUAUGGAGGGAACUCUGCCCCGGUACUACAUUCCUGGCUGGCCGGGCCUGGACAAGAUCACAGGCCCCAAAUAGAAAUCGUGUCAAUUACUGUACGUUGUGAAAAAAUAUCCCCAAAAAGAUAUGCUUGGAAGUCUGAGAUGCAUUGCAUGCACACAUCCCAAGUCAGGAUACAGGCCUAAAUGGACACAUACCUAAGCUAUCUGUGUUUAAAAGCCAAGACGACACCGAGGUAUCCUCAUGGCUGUGUUCAGGGGGAGGAGGCUACUGUAUGUUUUGAGUGAUUGCACUAGGACAUGGUUUGAAAAAAUUACUUUCAAUAGUGAGGUUGGCUUGGCUCAUUGCGACAACUGUAUUACAUUUAUCUGCCAUCAUGUUCUGCUGGAGUUCUGCUGCCUUUUUUGCACUUGAAAUAUUUAUUUGUUACGGAAGUACUUCUUAAAGUAGGUUCAGUUAAAGAGGGAGGGUACAGAAUAUAGUGGAUCUCAAAGCAACAACCAUUGAACAAUUCCUAGAUUGCUUUCCCUUUCGGAUCCCUUCCUCUGCAUGCUGUAAUUAGAACUAAGUAGCUAACUAAUAUCUACUGCUGUUACAACCUCUAGAUGAGCUAACUGAAUCACUGUGGUCAUAAGUAGACUCAUGCCUUUUUAUAACCGUCAUCCAUUAUUAUUCAAAUAUCUAAUAUAUCAGAUUGUGCUUUAAUAUUAGCUUCACUGUCCCAAUGGUGAUUGGUCAGUACUGUGAAUAGAGAUGCAUGUCUCUACUAGAUCUAUUUUCUUCACCAUUUUGACCUUACUCUAAAAAAUAUGUUUUAUUCUUGUGCAAUAUAUACUGUAACUACAAUGCCUUCCAUUUAUCCUUGGCUGCUAAUAUUUCAUGUUCAUUCUUAUUCAUGUAGAAAUAGGCUAUUUAAAAAAGUCUAUAACGUUAUACUUUAGGCUUUUGUUACAUGACCAAGCUUUUUGCAUUAGUCUAUUUCCCUUUAUUUUUUACGUGAAAGAAAAGAGAAACCCGCACACUGCUCUUGCUAGUAUCACUGUUCUUUAUUAGGCUUUACGUAUCGUCCUCUUGGCCUUGGUCAGAGCUUUUUUAGUUUUACAACAGAACUUGGCCAGUGGCUUCAUGUAGCAAUGAUCUAGUAUACAGUGGCUUGUGAAAAUAUUCACCCCCCUUGGCAUUUUUCCUAUUUUCUUGCCUUACAACCUGGAAUUAAAAUAUAUUUUUUGGGGGGGCUUUAUCAUUUGAUUUACAUGCCUACCACUUUGAAGAUGCAAAAUAUUUUUUUAUUGUGAAACAAACAAGAAAUAAGAAAGAAAAAAAAAAACUUGCAUGCAUAACUAUUCGCCCCCCCAAAGUCAAUACUUUGUAGAGGCACCUUUUGCAGCAAUUACAGCUGCAAGUCUUUUGGGGUAUGUCUCUAUAAGCUUGGCACAUCUAGCCACUGGGAUUUUUGCCCAUUUUUCAAGGCAAAACUGCUCCAGCUCCUUCAAGUUGGAUUGGUUCCGCUGGUGUACAGCAAUCUUUAUUAAGUCACACAACAAAUUCUCAAUUGGAUUGAGCUCUGGGCUUUGACUAGGCCAUUCCAAGGCAUUUAAAUGUUUCCCCUUAAACCACUCGGGUGUUGCUUUAGCAGUAUACUUAGGGUCAUUGUCCUGCUGGAAGGUGAACCUCCGUCCCAGUCUCACAUUUCUGGAAGAAUGAAACAGGUUUCCCUCAAGAAUUUCCGUGUAUUUAGCGCCAUCCAUCAUUCCUUCAAUUCUGACCAGUUUCCCAGUCCCUGCCGAUGGAAAAACAUCCCCACAGCAUGAUGCUGCCACCACCAUGCUUCACUGUGGGGAUGGUGUUCUCAAGGUGAUGAGAGGUGUUGGGUUUGCGCCAGACAUAGCGUUUUCCUUGAUGGCCAAAAAGCUACAUUUUUGUCUCAUCUUACCAGAGUACCUUCUUCCAUAUGUUUGGGGAGUCUCCCACAUGCCUUUUGGCGAACACUAAAUGUGUUUGAUUAUUUUUUUCUUUAAGCAAUGCUUUUUUCUGGCUACUCUUCCGUAAAGCCCAGCUCUGUGGAGUGUAUGGCUUAAAGUGGUCCUAUGGACAGAUACUCCAAUCUCCGUUGUGGAGCUUUGCAGCUCCUUCAGGGUUAUCUUUGGUCUCUUUGUUGCCUCUCUGAUUAAUGCCCUCCUUGUCUGGUCCGUGAGUUUGGUGGGCGGGCCUCUUUUGGCAGGUUUGUUGUGGUGCCAUAUUCUUUCCAUUUUUUAAUAAUGGAUUUAAUGGUGCUCCGUGGGAUGUUCAAAGUUUCUGAUAUUAUUUUAUAACCCAACCCUGAUCUGUACUUCUCCACAACUUUGUCCCUGACCUGUUUGGAGAGCUCAUUGGUCUUCAUGGUGCCACUUGCUUGGUGGUGUUGCAGACUCUGGGGCCUUUCAGAACAGGUGACAGAUCAUGUGACAGAUCAUGUGCCACUUAGAUUGCACACAGGUGGACUUUAUUUAACUAAUUAUGUGACUUCUGAAGGUAAUUGGUUGCACCAGAUCUUAUUUAGGGGCUUCAUCGCAAAGGGGGUGAAUACAUAUACACACACCACUUUUCCGUUUAUUUAUUUUAAAAAAUAUAUAUUUUUGAAACAAGCCUUUUUUUCUUUUUUUUUACUUCACCAAUUUGGACUAUUUUGUGUAUGUCCAUUACAUGAAAUCCAAUUUAAAAUAAAUUUUAAUUACAGGUAGUAAUGCAACAAAAUAGGAAAAACGCCAAGGGGGAUGAAUACUUUUGCAAGGCACUGUGUGUUGGAGAAUGGACAACAUUUCAUGCGACAUUAUCUGAUCUAUUUUGAAAUAAAAAACUAAACUUGAUUGUGCUUAACCCAAAUUAAUUUACAAACAAACUAAUAUUGUUGUCAUGACAAUAGUUUAGUUGGAUUUGGAAAUGCUGUACAUGUUCUACCACAUCAUCUGUACAUAUAUUAACAUACUGUAAUAAAUCAAAUAUUUGUUUUUACAUGGAUUUAUUAUAAUGUUGUCAUAUCAAUACUGUUGUUUGUUAAAUUUUAAACAUGUUUUUGUUACAGAAUUACUAUAGUACAAUGUUGACUAAAUAAAUUAAUCAUGUUUCACAUGUCUCAAAGGUUCUGCUACAGUGCAUAUCCUCUUGCUGUGUGUAAUAAAUGCUUUACGUUCA